AUGCUGAAAGAAGUUCAAGAACUAGCCGAAAAGUUUAAAGUAGAAGAAGAUGAAGCUUACGUCUCCCCGUACGCUCACCUUGAAAAGGCCACGGUCUUGCAAGAAGCACGUAUAUUUCACGAUCCUACAGCGGUACGUGAAUCACCACGCAAAUGCUGUACGGUAAUUGCGCAGCUUUUGCACCUUCAAAACACUGGUCAGUAUCUCAGCGGAGUGGAAGCAACCGAAGUCUUUUUUGGCGUUACCAAGCUGUUUAUGAGUGAUGAUGCUUCCUUGCGCCGCAUGGUUUAUUUGUUCAUUAAGGAUGUCGCGGAAACCUGCGACCCAGACGAUGUAAUCAUUGUCACGUCCUGCUUAACCAAGGACAUGACGUGUGACGUUGAUCUCUAUCGCGGAAAUGCUCUCCGUGUCCUGGUGCGUAUCGUUGAUGCUGCCAUGCUGGGUGCAAUUGAAAGAUACGUCAAGCAAGCUAUUGUAGAUAGCUCGGGACAAGUCUCGAGUAGCGCUUUGGUUUCGGCCUCGCAUUUGUUUGCUUCCAGUCCCGAGUGCGCCGCUGUUGUUCGUCGAUGGAUUUCAGAAACGACUGAGGCUACUUCCAGUCCCAACGAGAUGGUGCAGUUCCAUGCAAUGCAGCUUCUCUAUCAGAUCAAGUCUCACGAUCGUCUCGGAGUUUCCAAGCUGGUGACUCAGUACAGCCAACGGAAUACUCUUAGAUCUCCUUUGGCGUUGGUCCUGCUCGUGCGUUACACCAGCAAACUUUUGCACGACGAGGUCUCGGAAGGACGCGCUUCCGGAUCGUAUCAAGAGUCCACUUCGACAGUCGUUCAAGCAGGCUACCAAUUCUUGGAAGCUUCCCUUCGUCACAAGUCUGAACUAGUCGUCUACGAAGCCGCUCGAGCAUGCUGCCAUCUUCCCGCUGCUGAACCUCAAGACUUGCAGCCCGCCAUCGGAGUUCUUCAACUCUUUUUGUCGAGUCCCAAGCCUGCUGUCCGUUUUGCCUCCAUUCGAACCCUAGCUCAAGUCGCUAACCAACACCCGCGUGUGGUGAGCAAGUGUAACGAAGACCUUGAAGCUUUGAUUGGCGACUCAAACCGUUCCAUUGCCACUCUGGCUAUCACCACUUUGCUGAAAACAGGCUCUGAGAAUUCUAUCGACCGGCUCUUGAAGCAAAUCUCGGCUUUCUUGACGGAAAUUGCGGACGAGUACAAGAUCACUGUUGUGCGUUCUUUGCAGAAACUGUGUUUGACGUACCCAAGUAAGCAUCGUGUCUUGGUGGGAUUUUUGUCCAACUUUUUACGUGAAGAAGGCGGCUUUGAUUUUAAGCGGUCCAUCGUCAACAGUAUUAUUUCUUUGAUUCGUGCGGUUCCGGAAUCGACUGAAUCCUCGCUCUUGCAUCUGUGCGAAUUCAUCGAAGACUGCGAGUUCACCAUGCUUUCGACACAAAUCCUGCAUUUACUUGGUGAAUUGGGACCCAAGACGAGCGCCCCUCCUCGUUACAUUCGUUUCAUUUACAACCGUGUCAUUUUGGAAAAUUCCGCUGUUCGAGCAGCUGCUGUCUCAGCCUUGACCAAGUUUGCCGCGUCUUGCCCGUCUCUCCGAACAUCAAUUCUUACCCUUCUCCAACGGUCUUUAGUCGAUGAGGACGACGAGACCCGUGAUCGUGCCGCCAUUGCUGUUGCGACUCUACAGAACGCUAUGGAGGCAUUUCCUUACGUGGCGCCACCUGAAGACGACGUGGUAGGCGAUGAGCUUCCUCCCGAUGUGCCAGACCCAGACGAUCCGGCUGCCUAUGUGUUGCUCGAGCCUUUGCCCAUGAGCUUUGACAAGUUGGAGCGAUCCAUGAAGGCUUACAUGUUGACUCCAAUGACGAUGGAAAGUCCUGAUCCGAUUACGGUCAUGGCCUUGCCCAUUGUGGAAGACACGGAAGUUGCUGAUCCUGCCGCAGCAAUUUAUGCCAUUCCAGAGCUGGCGAACUUAGGACGCGCCUUUCGAUCAACGGCGCCUGUGCAUCUCACUGAAUCGGAGACUGAGUACGUCGUGCAAUGCACGAAACACAUCUUUGCUUCCCAUGUCGUCUUGCAGUUCAGUGUUCAGAAUACGAUUGACGACCAACGAUUGGACAAUGUGACCGUAUUACUGGAUGACAGCGAAUCGGAGAUCUUUACUGUGUCCGGCGAGAUUGCCUGUGAUGGCAUCAAGUAUGGUGAUACCAAGCAUUGUUUUGCCAUUUUGGAACGCAAUGCCGAAAUUCAGCUGACGCCCAGUCAUUUCACUUGCGAGCUUCGGUUCACUGUGGUGCAGGUUGAUUCUACAACUGGAGAAGAGGAAGGAGAUAAGUUCGAAGAAGAGUAUCCGCUGGAAGAUCUCGAGAUCGCAACUUCCGAUUUCAUGGCUAAGGUCGCUGUGCCAGAUUUCCGCAAGGCCUGGGAAGCAGUCGGAAACGAGAAUGAAGUCUUGGAGAAGUUUGCUUUGCAAUUCAAGAAGAUGGAAGACGCAGUAGCGGCCGUUCUCGACUUCCUGGGUAUGCAGGCUUGUGAUGGUACGGCCACAGUCAAGCCAAAUGCUGGCGGUAAACCACAUAUGCUUCAUAUGAGUGGCGUUUUUGUAGGAGGCCAACAAGUGCUCUCCCGGGCUCAAAUUGUGAUGCAAGGCACCAAUAGUGUCGUACUCAAGAUUGCAGUCCGAAGCGAAGAUUCUGACGUGUCACGUAUUGUCGCCGACUGCAUUAGGUAA